GACCCAGAUCGAGAUGAUUUGAGAAAUUUAUCGGGGUUUUACACGAAGCCUUGAAAAAGGGGGAAUUUGGAAAAAUAUAUCAUUACGCUGCAAUGAAUCCUCAUCAGGAGCAAUUCCAUGGAAACAUAACCGGGUCCGCCAAUAGCAACGUCGGAUCUGUGGGGGGCGUGGCAUCCACGAGAUCCCAAGUGCCGAUUGGCUGGAUAUGGCGUGAGAUCGCUCCGUAGACGCGCCUCCUCUUUAGCGGCCAAUCAGCAUCUGGAGAUCUUAUGACGGCCAUUGUGAGGCAUAAGAAGAGCCGCCGUCGCUCUCAGCUUCCUCAUUCUUUUGUGAGGUGGCGAGCGAGCGUGAUAUUCGCAGAAAAGCUCCUUCGUCCUUAUAAGGCCCGUCUCUGCUAAGUGUAGAGCUUUAAAAGGACUGUUUGAUAGUGGAUGAAAGUGAUUUUGCCGUGCGGUUCUUCAAAGACUUUUCGCCGUUUGCGUAGAGAAUGCAGACGUUUCGAAUGCCGCCGGAGACGCUGGGAAACCUGGAGGAUAAACUUCAUCUGUUCGGUGGAAGUCCUGUGAAUCCCUCGAGUCUCUCCUGCCCUCUUCCCUCGCACCCGCCGUCUGCAGUUCCUGCUCGGAGCAGCACGCCGCCCUCGCCCACGACCGCAUCGUCGGCAGAGGAAAGCAGAAAUAUGAAACACAGCCCUACGAACAUACAGCACGCGCAGUCGGCCACAGAAAAGAUCUCCAGCACUACAGUAACGUCCGCAGACGAGUUCGACAUCCAUCCCAACGCAGAGCAGCAACUUCCGUCCUGCGAUUCGAAGAGAAUGAGUGACGAUGGAUCGCGGGGCGGCGGCGGGGGGCCCUCGGCGGCCGAAAUCCGAAGGUACCGGACGGCCUUCACCAGAGAACAGAUAGGGUGCCUGGAGAAGGAGUUCCUGAGGGAGAACUACGUCAGCAGACCCAGGAGAUGCGAACUGGCGCAGGAACUGGGACUCCCAGAGGCAACCAUUAAGGUCUGGUUCCAGAAUCGAAGAAUGAAAGACAAACGGCAACGCCUUGCCCUGGCCUGGCCCUACGCAGACCCUACACUCACAGCAUAUUUACUUCACGCCGCCGCCGCGUCAGGAGUAUUUCCGCCCUACCUCCCGCCCACCAUUGGCCCGGGGGCGUCGUGGGCGGCCACCGCAGCAGCAGCUGCCGUCGCCAACGGAAGCGUCCCGCCCUUGGCUUAUUCAUCUCCGGGUCAUCCGGCAUCACUGUCCCGCUUCUCUCCCUACCUGAGACCGCAGCCGCCCGUCCUCUCCUCGCCCUAUUCGCGCCAGACAGAUGUCCCCCCUGGGGUCUUGGCACCAACGUCAGUGCCGCCAGUCGUCCCGCGGCCGGUCAUGAUGGGCCACAUGCCCUCCUGCCCCGUCAAGGAGUCUCCGAAGAUUGGCGUCAACGGCUGUCUCUGCGGUCUCUUCUACCCUGGCCUCAACAGCGGGUCUCCAUUAGCGCCGGCCGCUAAGAUCGCGUUGUCAUCGUCGUCGUCGUCUUCCUCCUCUUCCUCUUCGCCUCUCACUUCGCUCUCCGUCUCCUCCUCCAGGAGUGAAGCAGAGGGUGGGUCGGCGGAGGCGCUUCCGCUGGGCCCCGUCGCUGGAAGGACGAGUCCGAAACUACACAAACCGCACAGGUCCCUCUUUCAGCCGUACAGGGACGAUCUCGUGUCGUCGUAGGCAGCUUCUUGUUUGUCCUGUUUUUGUUUUGUAUUUUUAUCUGUACAUAGCAUAUUUUAUCUUGUUUUACUCAAUAAAUUUUGUAUGUACAAUA